AUGAAGGUAAGGGUAUUUUGGACUGUUUAGGUUUGUUAUAUACAUGAUCAAAAUGGUAACAUGACUCGCUUUGAUUGAUUUACUUAUCGCUUAUAUACAGUUUAUUUAAAUCAAGAUUUCUCACUUUUUCUUUCUUUUCUGAUUACUACGCUCAACAAGCUCCAAAGGGCUAAGAUCAAAAAGCCGAGUUUUUAGCUCGGUACAGUCGAUUCAAAGGAAAAUGUGAUGAAACUCUGUGAUCAAUAUUAGACUUCAAAUAACUUGACGCAUAUUAAAGUAUGCCUUAGCUAAAGGCAUUUAAGCAUUUUCCUCUUGGUUAUCUGUUGUUGGCUUACAAAGCAUAAAAGUCGUUUCGACUAACGUUAAGUGAAUGAAAGACUGCCCUCCUCCUAGGAACUUGUUAUUCAUAGAAAAGUUGUUGAUUUUCGGUUCUGUUUUGUUGUAUUUAGAUGGAGAAUGUACUGACACCCUCGAGGGUUUCGUGUGAUUAAUAUUGAGUUAAUUUAUUAUCUUUUAUGUCAUGUGAGGCAGGUACUCAGUUUCUCUAUUUUACCUGUAAGUAAUUUUUUAAGAGCCGAGCCUUUGGCCAGCUUAUUUCGUGAUCUUAGCUUUGGGCUAAGAUUUUAUCAUAAAAUAGAUUAUUCAUAGUCUUUCUCUUCAGAUUAUGUUUAAUUUUAUAAGAGUUUGACAUUUGGCACUCGAAUUAGAGUUACCUUGGUUCUUUCGUAAGACUUGACCAUCAUUUGUUCAUGUGAUCAUCAGAGGAUGCCCUUUAACUUUCAGUUGUCUGUUUAUGCGUGAAUAUGGGAAAGUUUCACCUCUGAUGUCCUUAGGUGUUAAAUUUAGCGAAAAAAAAUUGUUUGAACCCUUCAGAUUUAUUCUUUAUCGUCUUAUAGGGUAAACAACUUAGUUAAUCUGUUAGUAAUUCUGUUUGAUUAGACGAAGCAGUCAUCUGUGACUAACAUUAUGAUAAUCAUCUGAUAGGAAUUGGCAGUUUAAUAUUUUAAUAACAGAAAUGAUUUAAAAACAAACUUAAUUUUAAUCAUCUUUAUUGUAUGUACGAACUAGAACCACUACGUGGAACUUACCGGGGCCCGGUGGGACAUGGGAUUGCAUAGAUAUAGUUUACCUCUCGCACCCCUCCCCCCUCCUCUGUGGAGGCUAAUACUUAGUCUGAAUUAACUCAUGCAGAAGAAAAGCAACAAAAUGCAUGAGAAAGGAGGAUGUAGUUGUAAGUUUGUUCAGUGUUAUGACAGCUAACGGUCUGUGUUAUAGUAGUGUUUUUACACUGUGAUGUCAAUAAGUGUGAUGUGUUUUUAUUUGAGUUUGAGUGAAAGAGCAAAAAUCACUGACAGUUUUGAGUUGAAUGGUAAUGACAAAGUUUGCAAAGAAGUUUGUUACAGAAUUAUCACAAUUUUGCCUUCACGGUCUGCAUUACACUUCUCAUAGAACAAACAUGCAUGUUCAUGGAGAGCCUGUAGUGUUGAAGAAUCCCAGUAAGUGCAUGAUUUGAUGACAGAGAAACAAACUGCAUAUAUGGACAUAAUAAAAUGCUUAUUUAUUGAUGACUGAGUAUCAUUUGUUAAUUCAUUGCACAUUGAAAUGGAGGCAUUUGAUUGUUAAGCAGUGGUUGAUACAUNAAAUUCUUAAUCUUAUUUCCAGAUCCCUUGUAAAUUUUUGUACAUAUAGUGUCAUCAUUAUCUUCAACGGUCACUUUAGAUCACUUUUGAAAGUGUAUGUUGAAUAGCAUACGAAACGUCAAGUUUAUAAAAGUAUAAAAAUGCGAAAGCUCACAAUGUUUAUCACCGCUGUUUGUGUUUUAUUUUUGAUCAAACUACGAUGGCCCAAGAACAAAAGUAUCUAUGCAGGGUUCUAUCUAGGGUAUAUGAGGGGUAGAAGCUUCCCCCCCCAAAUGCCCAGCUUCCCCAAAAAAAAUAUCGGAGCUAAGUGUAACAUUGUCAGAACGUGAUCACGACUAAAAAAUAAAAUAAAAUACCACUGUAACAUUUCUCAAAAUUGGGUCUCAAAAUGCACCAGAUUGCAUCUCAGCGCAUAUUCAUUUCAAAAAAUUUCCGGGCGAGCAUGCCCCCGGACCCCCCUAGGAAGCUCGUGGCCUUCGGCCACUCGGGACAUAUCGCCCAAACGAUAAAUCCUAGGUAGAACCCUGCUUUGACCUACUAUUAUUCUGAACAUUUAUCAACAGAUCAUGGGUAACGGUCAUGCGAAAAAGAAAGGAAAGGGGCAAACAACUUAUCCAAAGGUAAUUCCUAAAGGAAGAAGUCUUGAAGACACAAAACAUAUCAGACUUCUGGUUCUUUACGAUACGUCUCGGGCAACACCAGGCGAUAUGAUCGAUCAUUUCUGUGAUGCAGUAAACGCGUUUAAGCCCCCUGGAAGUCUGGAAAUUAAAGAAAGGGACAUAAAAAUCCUGCAGCUGACUGCUGAUACUAACGAUUCUUCCAGUGUUUUGUCUCUCUCUGAAUCGCAAUGCACCGAAGUCAAGCCGUGGAUAUCAGAAUGGCUAAAACAAAAUGGCGUCGUGCUCGUCUGUAUUCUUUCUAAACACGAUAUCAAGUCAUUCCUUGACGAUGUCAGCUUAAAAAGUGGAAAGCUAGUGCUAUUCUCAUUAGGAAAAUGUAACCCAAACGCCUGGGACGGUUGCGUUCGCCUGGAUCUAGAUCCCGAGGAUGUAACAAGCCCAAAGGAUUUCGAAGAUCCUUUAGAAGAACUUGUGGCGACUGUUAAAGCUGAAUGA